AGCUCUCACGUUCUUCCAGGGAAAAGGAAAUCAGUCGCAUGUCCCCAUACAUCUGUGAUAUACUGCGGUCUGUCCGGCUCAAUCAUGGAGCCCAAGCGGCGUAUCCGAGGUCACUUCUUCGCUGUCCUAUAUCGCUAUCACAACUAUGCACGAAUAACUCCAUGUGCCCAUUCACAUAAUUCAUCGAUUCUCCAAUUCACACCUACACACCUAAGAAGCGGCCGGGCUACAAGAAACUACGCAACAGCUACACUCCACCGACGCAGCGAAACCUCUGCGUUUGAAAUCGACUCCGCCAACAGAAAAUCUCAGGUGAUACGAGAGGGAGAAGCUGAUAACCUGGAAAGCGCGAGAAAUACAGACCACCACAUAUCUGAAAAGCCUCGUGAUGAUGAUUACGAAGACAUAUUAUCCAACACUGGAAAGGCGUCUGAUUGGACUCAGGAUGAUAUAUCCGAUCUUACUCUGGCGAACAAUCUCAGGCAGCUCAUGCGAUGCGUACCUAGUUCUCCGGUUAUUCUCACAGUUUUUUCUAUGGACCCUGCAACGAAACACUGUGUUCCACUUGGCACCGCCUUGUCAUCCUUCAGCACCGUGUCACUAAAUCCUCCAUACGUCUCGUUCAACAUCAAGUGCCCUUCAAAGACGCUCGACGCGAUUCGAGCUGCCCAAGGGCUUUUUCGUAUCACGUUCCUUGAUGACACACGGACAUCAGCCAUAAUCACCCAGGCUUUCUCUAGGGGCAAUACUCCAGAGGCUUUCGAAAGACGCCGCCGCACCGCGAGAAUUGUCCAAAAUGUACAUAUAAAUCAGGCCGGCGCCAACGAGUCACUUGCGCCACGUUUACAGACCCCUAGUAAGGUGGCAGCCUUAGAGUGCAAGCUGACACAGGAGAUUCCUGUAGCAGACCACGUUGUACUAAUUGCAAAAGUUAACGAAUUGGUGUCCGAAGGCAAUUUUAGAGCCACAUUGACAUACCAAAACGGAUCCUACAAACGAAACGAUGGGAUCCAAAUCGACAUUGGACUCCAUAAAGAACAAGCCAAACCUACGUCCGAUACUACCGAGACAGAUAUAAAUCCGUACUGGGCGUAUCCAAUACUCUAUGGGGAAACAGAGAGGCAUCAUUUUGUAUCUUAUGUACAAGAACAUCUUUCAAAAAACCUAGCUUAUCUUGACAUGACAGAGGCUCAAGCUAGAAAGGCGUUGAAACACGACCUUCAUAUACCGAGUUAUGCGAUGGGGAUAAAUAUAAACCAUCUUGUCACACACUGGCAUAAACAACAUGCGACAAGUUCUGUGCGCAGCAAAACACCAAGGCGAGCUUUUUAUCACGACUUCUACGGUCGACUUACACCACGCAACAUCGAAGAAAUCCUAAGCCGGGCUGUGAAACUCGUAGAAGAGUCACCGGUGUGUGUCGAACUCCAUUAUAAUCAUUUCGGUGAUCUUCUUUGUGUUCAUCCGGCGUCUAGUGGGCUACUUGCGAGAGACAUACUUGAAUCAUUGCGCGCCAGAAAAGAUCUAGAAAUCCGCGGGCCCAUCGAUGCCGUACCCCCUGGAAAGCCUGCGAACAUGUGGGUCUGCGAGUUGAUGGAAAUGAAGAUCGAAACGUACUUUCAAGCUGAGGACCCCAAGUUGAUCCUUGCAAUGUCGGACGAAGACAUACUUCAUGCAAUUGGGGAGGCUGAAGAGUGGAUGAAAAUCCAUAUUCAACGAGUACGCAAUCGAAUAUUUGAAGAGGUGUACCCGCAAUUUUUCUAUGAUGAUAAAAUUGACAUACGGGGGGAGGUUACACAAGAAGAAGCACGUGUCAUCAUAGCGCGUGUAACAUCUUCAAUGUUCAGAGGCCAUGUCGAUGCAAACAUCCACUUUCUCAAAACCCGUGGAGACCAGGUUCUGCUAAACCAAGGCAUCCAUCCUUUCGUCAGUGGUUUCGACAUAGGUUAUUUUUUUAAUAGGAUGCUUUAUUUUCCUAACACUCCGAAAAAACAAAAUCGACUGAUCAACGCAGUCAAAGAUAUUUUGACACAGACGUUCGAUACGGAAAUUCUCCAAUGGGAUGAUCUGGUGGACCGCAUAAGAAAACUUGUAGAGAAACAUACAAUGCAUGUCCUCAAGUGGCCGCGUGAAGACUUGGUAGCCGCAAUGGGGAUCCACCCGCGUGCUAAGUUUCGUUCACCUCUCACGAGAAACGCACCACGCCUUAUGACCAGCACGACUCUCCCAGUUCUCUUCGCAAAGGAGCUCAGGGAUCGCUACGGCAAAGGUACACCGGAGGAAAACGAGAGCAUCGCGAUAUACCUCAAAGACAACUUCGAUUACUCAGUCGAAGACGCAUCCCUAGGCAAACGCAAGGCAGCAACCACAGACGAGGAUUCUAGGCAAGAGUUGAUGCGGAACUUAAAUAUCGAGGUUUCGCCUGAGCAGAAAGCUAAACACGAACUAGAGGAAGCAAUGGUCGAAUUCGGAUUUCCCCACGAACAAACCCCAAUUACAAAUCAUACUGACCGUCCGCUUAUAAUCAAGCGCCAGACAUGA